AUGUCCUCCACACCAGGCACGCGGCGUAGGCCACCCCAAGAAUUCACCCUCCCCUCGGGCAAAAAGGUUAUCGCUGCAUCCUCAGAAGCUAUACCUUCGCUUCGCCAGCAAUACUCCCAAGGCAAUGACGAUGUCGAGAUUGUAAUCCAAGGUUCAGCCGAACACACCAACUACCUCAAGCAAAGCCGCCAACACCAUGAAAGCCGUCGUGCACAGCUAAAGGAGCGACACGGCGCCGCAUUUGAUGAAUGGGAACAUGUCCAGAACCAACUAAACAGUGUGUCUGCCCAAUUGUCGCGUAUAUCAACAAGCUCGUCUGGCCUGCAUGGGAACUAUAGCAAGUUUGGCUACAAUGCAGGUGUGAGAACGUACGAUGACGGCGAGCAGGAUGAGGGCAAUGCACCAGGAGGAGGGGGGAAUGCAAAUGAGACGCAUCAUGAGGGAUAUCGACAGGCGUCAACGAUCAAGUUGGCCAAGCGACCUGUUGUGAGGCAGUGGUUUCAUGGGAAUGUCUUGUGGAGAGGGUCGGAGCAGACUGAGAUUAUGGCUGUCGAGCUCUUCUUUGAUCUUCUCUAUGUUGGUAUUAUUCACAGCAAUGGCGAGCACAUGUCGGAAGAGCCGAAUGGCGAGGAACUGCUGCGUUUCGCCGUGACAUUCAUCAUGUCAUGGAAAAUUUGGACUGACAUCACCAUGGCACUCAGCUGGUUUGAAACCGACGACGUGAUAACCAGACUAGAGAUUCUAUUUGAAAUCGCCUGCCUAUUGGCCUUCACCACCAAUAUGACGAAUUGCUUCGUCGACGAUCCAGCACACAACACCUACACCCAACUCGUAUCCUUCUACCUCGCCGCACGGCUUCUCUUCGCAGCCCACUACGCCGUAGUCGCCUACCUGGUCCCCAUGAUCCGCGGCGUCAUGCUCACAUCCAUUAUCACCAUCCUCGUCCCAUCAGCACUCUGGAUAGCCAGCAUCCACGUCGACAUGCCCGGCCGUCUAGGCUUCAUCUGGCCCGCCCUCGCGCUUGACAUGUACGGAUCAGGAAUCUUCACCGGACUGUUCCGCUACGCCCGCAGCGCCGGCGCAGAUACAUCCAUGGGCAAAAAGCUAAACAAGCUGUUCGAGUUCUUCCCCGCCAUGAACAUCGAGCACAAAGUCGAGCGGAUGAAUGCCUUUGUGUCCCUAGUCCUGGGCUACUCCGUCGUAGGAAUCUUAUUCCAGUCCAACGGCGGCUACAACGUCAAUGCCUUCCUAGGCAAGGCUGUUCUGGGACUCAUGCAGGCCUUCUUCUUCAACUGGAUCUACUUUGACGUAGACGCCAGCACAAUCAACGUUCACGCCAUUCGCCAUUCCGCCAACGGAGCAAUCCUCUGGCAGUUCGCUCACCUCCCCUUCAUAAUGGGCUACAUAGUAGCCACGUCCGCCCUCUCCACGCUCGUCCUAGCCCUCGACGUGCCCAACACGGAGCGCGACCAGCUCCUCCCGCCGUACUCGGAACGCGCAGAAGACCAUUUGAGCAGCGGCGUCCGUUUCUUCUACUGCCAGGGUCUCGCUGUUGCGCUUCUCUCCAUGGCCGCCAUCUCCCUGAGCCAUUCGCACCGCACGCCGCAUGCGAUGCGCCUCUCCAAGACAGUCCGCCUGAUCAACCGCGUGCUCGUCUGCAUCAUCAUGUUCCUGCUCCCCAUGGCGACGCACGUGAAUAGCCUGUCGCUCAUUUCCAUCACGCUCGGCCUGACGUCGUAUGUGUUGAUUGUUGAACUGUGGGGGAAGUCUUGCAAGGAUGAGAGUUUCUUUCCUGGGAGGCGUGAUGAGUCCAAGAUGCGGGCUAUGGCGGAUGCGAAGAGGGCGGAGGCAAGGGGCGUGGAUAAUCCUAAUCCGGGGCAGGUUGGUGCUGAUAGAAUGCCUGUUGAUCAGAGUGAUAAGACUGCGUUUUGA